CGCCUGCUCGUGGCAGGGCUCUCUCGACCUUCAAGUCCUUAGGGUUUCGAUUUUCGUCGUUCGUUUUCCAUCGGGGCUCAAUGGCGUCCGAAAAGAAGCAGCAGAAUUGCAUGCGCGAGAUCAAAGUUCAAAAGUUAGUUUUGAACAUUUCCGUCGGAGAGAGUGGAGAUCGACUCACUCGUGCUGCCAAGGUGUUGGAGCAGCUCAGCGGUCAGUCGCCCGUGUUCUCCAAAGCUCGCUACACCGUCCGGUCUUUCGGAAUCAGACGUAACGAGAAGAUUGCAUGCUAUGUCACCGUCAGGGGCGAGAAGGCUAUGCAGUUAUUGGAGUCUGGUUUAAAGGUCAAGGAGUACGAGCUUCUCCGGAGAAAUUUCUCCGACACCGGGUGUUUCGGAUUCGGUAUCCAGGAGCACAUCGAUCUCGGUAUUAAGUACGAUCCUUCCACCGGUAUUUAUGGUAUGGACUUCUACGUGGUGUUGGAGCGCCCGGGAUACAGAGUUGGCAGGAGAAGGAGGGCCAAGUCCAGAGUCGGAAUCCAGCACCGUGUGACGAAGGAAGAUUCCAUGAAGUGGUUCCAGGUCAAGUACGAGGGAGUGAUCUUGAACAAGUCUACACAAAUCGCUUAAAUGGGCUGAGCAUCAGGCAUUUAGGCAGCGAUGAUUACAGUGGAAGUGCCAAUUUUUUGUAAGUGUGGGUUCCUGCUUUAGGAUGACGGGUAUUGAUUCGGGCUCCUGCACGUAGUAACCAGGCUAUGGGGGGAAGUCCAGGUGAAAUAGCAGGAAGUUAUCUCGAUCAAGUAUUCUGUAAUCUCUUGAGCUCAUUACCAGCCACAACCAGUGGCAAGGUGAAUGUAGGGUUUCUGCGGUCUUCUGCUAAAUGUCUGGGCUGCAAAAAAUCUACGUGGAAAAUUUUGAUGAGUUCUCUGUCCAGUUUUUGGAGAUUAAUACAGUUGUUUUCCUUCCAGUCGAAAUGUUAUUCCAAUGACUGCAAAUUUAUUGCAAGAUUGCAGCUCUUUGGUACCAAUACACGUGAUGUUUGACCCCGUAUAUUAUCCAGA